CCUCAACACACACACACACGCGCACACACGCGCGCACACACAGGAACUCAUAAGCACAAAACACAGAAUGCAUCGGCCGCGGCGCCGUCGUACCUCGCGUUACAGAAAGCGCUUUGGCUUCUGAAUUUCUUUCUGCUUUUUUUGUUUAAAGAGAAAAACUGUGAAUGCGAGAAUAAUCGGAGUCGUCCGGAUUCGCGAAAUGUUGCAAUGGAAGGCGCCGCUUCUGACUCUGCGUGCCAAACAGGAGCAUGAAGCACUUUGUGGCUCUGCGAGCACCGACAGAGAAACGCCGUUUUCUUCGGAUAUUCAGCGACGCUUGCGGGCCGAUCGACUAGUGCCGAGAGCGAGGACAGGACAACAUGGCCUCGGCUGGUAACGUCUCCUUCGAUCAGGAACACGGGGAUCCCGAUCGGCCGAGGGUGACGCGGAGGACCAGACGGAGCGCUCGCGCAGCCCCGCCGGACCUGGAGUACUUACAGCGGCCGAGUUACUGCGAUGCUGCGUUCGCGCUUGACCAGAUAUCGGAGGGGAAGGCGACUGGAAGAAAAGCACCGCUGUGGCUGAGAGCAAAGUUUCAAAAACUUUUUUUCAGACUCGGCUGUUACAUACAAAAGAACUGUGGAAAGUUUUUAGUUGUGGGCCUUUUAAUAUUCGGAGCUUUCGCUGUUGGUUUGAGGGCAGCUAAUCUGGAGACUAACGUGGAGAACCUCUGGGUGGAAGUGGGUGGCAGGGUAAAUCAGGAGCUGAAAUACACACGGCAGAAGAUCGGUGAGGAGGCCAUGUUUAACCCUCAGCUAAUGAUCCAGACUCCACGGCAGCACAGUGCUAACAUCCUGACAGUGGAGGCACUUAAGCAGCACCUGGACUCUGCCGUUAAAGCUAGCAGAGUGCAUGUUUACAUGUACAACAGGAAAUGGAAAUUAGAACAUUUAUGCUACAAAUCAGGAGAAUUCCUCACAGAAGAGCAUUUCAUCUACCAGAUGAUUGAGAACCUGCAUCCUUGUUUGGUCAUCACUCCUCUGGACUGCUUCUGGGAAGGUGCUAAGCUACACUCAGGCAUUGCCUAUCUCCCUGGUAGACCCCCUCUGCAGUGGAUGAACUUUGACCCAAUGGCAUUGAUUGCCGAUAUGCAGACCAUAACCAAAGUUGUGGGCAGUUGGGAAGAAAUACUGGCCAAGGCUGAGGUUGGUCGUGGCUACAUGGACCGUCCCUGCAUCAACCCUGCUGACCCAGACUGCCCAUUAUCAGCUCCCAAUAAGAACUCUACACAGCCACUGGAUAUUGGCCAAGUUUUAACCGGUGGCUGUCAUGGGGUCUCUAAGAAGUAUAUGCACUGGCAGGAGGAACUCAUCAUUGGAGGAACCACAAAAAACAAUAGCGGCAGGCUUCUCAGUGCCCAGGCGCUUCAGACCAUGUUCCAGCUUAUGACCCCUAAACAGAUGUAUGAGCACUUUAAGAGCUAUGAUGGAGUCACGCACUUGAACUGGAACGAGGAGAAAGCGGCUGCCAUCCUGGAAGCUUGGCAAAGGAAGUACUCUGAGGUGGUCCAGCAGAGUGUGUCAAUCAACUCGUCUCAGAAAGUACUGACGUUUACCACUACAACUCUAGAGGACAUCCUUAAAUCCUUCUCCAGUGUCAGCGGAAUCCGAAUAGCCAGUGGUUACCUGCUAAUGCUUGCCUAUGCGUGUCUGACCAUGCUGCGCUGGGACUGUGCCAAAUCCCAGGGAGCAGUGGGGCUGGCUGGAGUGCUGCUGGUCACACUGUCCGUCGCCGCCGGCCUUGGCCUCUGCUCUCUCAUUGGCAUCUCUUUCAACGCUGCUACCACUCAGGUGCUGCCAUUCCUUGCUCUUGGCGUGGGAGUGGAUGAUGUCUUUCUUCUUGCUCAUGCCUUCAGUGAAACCGGCCAAAAUCGGAGAAUCCCAUUCGAGGACCGUACAGGUGAGUGCUUGAAGAGAACCGGGGCCAGCGUGGCUUUGACCUCCAUCAGUAACAUCACCGCUUUCUUCAUGGCCGCCCUCAUCCCUAUCCCAGCACUACGGGCAUUCUCUCUACAGGCUGCUGUUGUGGUGGUGUUUAAUUUCGCCAUGGUGCUACUCAUCUUCCCCGCCAUACUCAGCAUGGAUCUGUAUCGCAGAGAAGAUCGCCGCUUUGACAUCUUUUGCUGCUUCAUCAGCCCAUGCUCUAACCGUGUAAUCCAGCUGGAGCCUCAGGCACUGGGCGAUGUAGGCCACUGCACUCCGCCUCCCUCCUACAGCAGCCACGGCUUCUCUCAGCACACGCACAUCACCAUGCAGUCGACAGUGCAACUGCGCACCGAGUACGACCCACGCACGCAAGCCUACUACACCACAGCCGAGCCACACUCUCGCAUCUCUGUGCAGCCGCUCCCCCCAAAUCACAACAACAACAAUAUUAACAACACCAGCUCCACGCGAGAUCUCCUCAACCAGUCUAGCGAGGUGCCAUCAGGUCACACAGAGCCAUCCUGUUCCCGCUGGACCUUCGCUUCGUUUGCAGAGAAGCACUACGCACCAUUCCUGCUGCAGCCUACCACAAAGGUGGUGGUGAUUGUGCUCUUCCUGGCACUACUUGGUGUCAGUCUGUAUGGCACCACAAGAGUGCGAGAUGGCCUGGAGCUGACCGACAUCGUACCACGUGAGACGGCUGAGUACGACUUCCUGGGUGCACAGUUCCACUACUUCUCCUUCUACAGCAUGUAUGUGGUGACACAGCGGGCAGAUUAUGCCCAGGACCAACCGCUGCUUUAUGAGCUUCACCAGCGCUUCGGCACCGUCGAAUAUGUGCUCCGUGACGAGCAAGGCCAGCUGCCACUCAUGUGGCUCCACUACUUUCGUGACUGGUUGCAAGGUCUGCAGGAUGCCUUUGAUAAGGACUAUGAGGCAGGCAAAAUCACACAGAAGGACUACGAGAACGGCUCAGAUGACGGCGUACUGGCUUACAAGCUCCUGGUGCAGACAGGUUGCAGAGAGAAGCCGAUCAACCUGGACCUGCUCACCAGACAUCGGCUGGUGGACGCAGACGGGAUCAUCAACCCCAAAGCUUUCUACAUCUACCUGACCGCAUGGGUCAGUACUGACCCGCUGGCCUAUGCAGCUUCUCAGGCUAACAUUCGUCCUCAUCCUCCAGAAUGGAUCCAUGAUCGCACCGACUCCAUCUCCAUCAGCAGGCUCACUAUUCCUUCAGCGGAGCCUAUUGAAUACGCACAGUUUCCCUUCUACCUCAACGGGCUGCGUGAGACACCCCAGUUUGUGGAGGCCAUUGAGAGUGUACGUGCCAUCUGCAACAACUACAGUCUCCUGGGUGUGCCCAGCUACCCAAACGGCUACCCAUUCCUCUUCUGGGAGCAGUAUGUCAGCCUUCGCCACUGGCUGCUGCUCUUCAUUAGCGUGGUGCUUGCCUGCACCUUUCUCGUGUGCGCUGUUUUCUUGCUCAAUCCAUGGACCUCUGGCAUUAUUGUGCUAGUGUUGUCGCUGAUGACCGUGGAGCUGUUCGGCAUGAUGGGGCUGAUUGGCAUCAAGCUUAGUGCUGUACCCGUGGUCAUUCUCAUUGCUUCCGUGGGCAUUGGCGUGGAAUUUACUGUCCACGUGGCUCUGGCCUUCCUCACUGCCAUAGGGGACAGAAAUAAGCGAGCGGUGUUGGCCCUGGAGCACAUGUUUGCCCCAGUUCUGGACGGAGCCUUCUCUACCCUGCUUGGAGUGCUCAUGCUGGCAGGAUCCGAGUUCGACUUUAUAGUCAAAUAUUUCUUUGCUGUAUUGGCCAUCCUUACCGUGUUGGGGGUCCUGAAUGGCCUGGUGCUGCUCCCGGUCUUAUUGUCCUACUUCGGCCCUUAUCCUGAGGUGUCUCCGGUGGACGGAAGUAGCCGAUUGCCCACUCCAAUUCUAGAGCGUUUUCCUCCAGUGGUGCACUUCACCAUGCAGCCAAACCACACUACUACUUCAACCACUGGAACUGGCUCAGACUCGUCUGACUCGGAGUAUAGCUCCAACUCCACAGCGUCGGGCAUCAGCCACGAACUCAAGCACUAUGACCUCCAGACCAGCAGGGGGCGAGCCACUCGAUCUGAAUUUGAUGACGUGCGGCUUAACACUGGGCCAAAACCAAGCGUUUAUCAUACAGACCCAAACAUCUUACCAUCUUACUCAGCUGGGAGAACAGACUCCAAGCAGCAGCCACACUACCGAUCCACUCACCCUCCUCACACUCAGGAUACUGGACCUCCGCUUACUCGUCGACACAUUGGACGUGAACCCAAGCGGGACGCAGGGCCCAGACAGGCUCCUCCUCCUCAUAGGCGGCGCACGGACGCAUUUGAAAGUGCCAGCCCUUAUGGGUCCAGAGAACAUUCGGCAACCCGCCAGCCUUACUCCCACACUUACUCUCACUCCAUGCACCCUGGAUCAGGCCCCACCUUAUGCCAGCCCAUCACUACUGUGACUGCAUCAGCCUCAGUUACAGUGGCUGUGCACCCAGGCGUGCCUGGCCAGAGCGCCCCCUACCCCUGCUACCCUUCCAGUGACAGCUACCCCUCUUCUGAGGAAGCCUAUGCUCGUGACAUGCACUUCUCCGACCCACAUGUGCCCUUCACAGAGCAGCGCUACAGUGCAGACUCCACAACGGAGGGCUUGGAGCUGCAGGAUUUAGAGUUGACUUCUCACUCAGAGCGCCACAUGGAUGCCUCCAGCUGAGUGGCUGAAUGUUGAAGCACAAAUGGCCAAAGAUGGGACGUCUGCUUUCUGAAGUAGAGGAGAAAUGGUGCUGCAGAGCGAGGCUACUUGGCAGUGCUUCCCUCUGUUACUGUAUAGCUCUAAUGUAUGUCUGCCUUAGAUUAUUCUAUAAAUAUUUUUAAAAAAUGUGUACACAAGUGUAAAUACAGGCGAGAAUAGUUAUAAUUGGACCUGGCUCGGUGUCGUCAGCCUGGGUGGUGUGUGUGUGUGCGCGUGCAAGUUGUGAUUACUGUCACUCCCUUCAUGUGUGUAUCUGUGCCAUGAGGAAGCUUCAUCUUAGACACACUUAUCAGCAUCCAGAUGGUGCUGUUGAGAUGUUGUUAUAAUGUACCUGUAUAAUUCUAUGCAAUGAUUUAUGAAUUGGUGUGUAAGAGUGAGCCAGUAUAUAUGUGUGUGUGUGUGUGUGUGUGUGUGUGUGUGUGUGUGUGUGUGUGUGUGUGUGUGUGUGUGUGUGUGUGUGCAUGUGUGUGCAUGCAUGUGUAAAGACAGCACGCACACACAAACAUGUUUAAUGAAUUAGAGUACGUAUAGAAGUGUGUAUGUGCACCCUAAACAAACAUUAUGAUUCAUUUCAGGGCAAACUGCAUUCUUUCAGCCAGCUGAUCAAAAAAAGUAAUAUUCUCAUUUGGAUUUUUCAUGUUUCUGAAACGCCUGUCCGAAAGUACCCAUGCAUUUCUACAGGGAUUUUGUAAACGUUUUUUUGUUGUUGUUGUUGUUGUUUUUUGUAAAUUUAUUAUUUUUUUUUUUUUUUACAAAGUGUAUAUUGGUUAAUAUAUUAACUGUAAUUACUGUGUAGUCUUUUUAUGGACAUAUUAUCAGACCUCAUAACAUGAAGUCAGGUCCUUUAAUGCAUCACUGUGUGGGAACUGCAAACAGACAAGCACCAUAUAUGUUUGUGUGGGCGUGCACGUGCAUGAUGGGUUUUGUGUGUGUUGAAGUAGAAUGUAUGCUUUAUACAAAUCUUAAUUUGCUUAUCACAAACCUGUGGUAGAUGAAAAAAGAAAAAGAAUCGCUGUUUAUCAGUGAAGCACGCCAUGCGUGAGAAUUUAGAAAUGAAGAAAGUUUAGAGAGCUUCUGCAUGCGGCUCUGCUGUGCUCUGCCUCAAAAUUUUCCUGUCCUUCUGGCUCGUUUCGAGUCGGGUUGACUGUAAAACACGGCCAUUUAGUGUGGAGCCUUGCUUGCGCUCGAGGCUGCGAACUGAAUUACUGUCAAAUCAUUAACAGAGUAGCGUAGCAGUAUGGGUGCAGUUCUCUCCUGACUGGCAGCGGUACUGUACACUCUGUAGCAUUCCUCUCUCCUCUAUUUCUUUUACAGUAGAAUGGCAUUAUUUCUUUGUUUCUUUAUUAUUGAUGCUUUAUUACACUAAUACACCUAAACCUCAUGUGGUGUAACCAGCUGUAGUCUCUGACAACACAGUGAUGUAAGCUAAUAUGUCGAUGAGCAGCAUGCAGGGUUUGACCACUAAAUGGCCGAACUUGACCAGCUUUUUCUGCCUUUUUUUUUUUUAAGGUCCGUCCACCUUCUCUGGCCCCAAUUUAGCACGUGCAGCUCUCUCCUCUGACCUCAGCUCAUAAAACUCUACAACACAAUGCUAUGACACUAAUUGGAAGUUCCUCCUUCGACCGCCAAAUGGCGCAUACAAGUGCUUCUGGGGUCAAUGGUCAGGAAGCCCCAAUUCUCUCUGGGUCUGGUGUGUGUUAUGAGGUGUGUGUGUGUGUGUGUGUGUGAGUGUGUGUGUGUGCAUAUGUGCAUAUGUGCGAGUGUAUGGUUUACACUUCUGGUCAAACCUCCCUCCCCCCUCCUGUAUGACUUCCUGUUAGACACUAGCAUGUCAGAAUUCACUUUCUUUGUUCUUCCUUCGUUUUCCUGUUUUGGUGAAGGUCCUGGCCUUUCGUCCACCGCUUGUGUGCGCUGUGUGUUGUGUUCUCCUAAAGUGUCACAUUGGCAGAAACAGGAGAGAAUCAUGGCUGGCAACUAUUGUUAUACAGUUUUUAUAUUCUGUUAUUUUUUUAUCUUUUUUUUUGUUUGUUUGUUUGCAAUAUUUAUAUUUUUGUAUUAUAAGAUAUUGUGUUUAAUAAUGGUCUUAAUGCCAGUUUUAACAAUGCAGGGAUCUUUAUGUCUGUCUAAAAACACUAUUAUGUUUUUUUUUGGUGUGUUCUUUCAUUAAUGGAUAUUGAUGUGUAUAAAGUGCUUACUAAUGUUAAAUAGGAAAAAGAGUAUAUAACAUUUACAAUACAGAUUCUUCACAGCUCUUAGAGGAUUUUAAAAGGAAAAUGAUCAAUGGUUUUUUGUUUUUUUUUUAACAGACUGCCAUUUUUUUCCUCAGCCGGUGUGGAUGUAUGUCAUUUUCAGUUACAAAGAUAAAUGUAUGCCAUAUAAUUUAUUUAUAUGAAAAUUUAUUUUUGUAGUGUACAUAGUAGUUGUCAAUCUAUUUGACAGAAGUAUAUUUUAAAGAGUUUAUAUGUAAUGCUACCAUUUUUUUUUUUUUUUUACUUUUUUUUUUAUUAUUAUUAAUUUGUGAGAACAUAACAGAGACAAUAAGUCAUUAAGGUGCACACUUUCACUGCUAACUUGUUCUCAGACAGCUAAAGUGCCCUUUUUACAGUGUUACCAUAGAACGGAGUAAAUGAACUCUGAUCAAACUGGGCUCGGGUUUUGUGAAAAGCUAGCCAUGAAAGUAGAAUAAAUAUGUACUAGCUCUCUAAAUAAUAAUGUUCAAACACUGAUAGAAUUCUAACAAAUAAAAAUAUUAUAACUUA